CAUGUAAGCAAGGUUGAGGUCCUGGGCCCAUCCGACGCAAAGACAUUCCCCAUCCAAAAAAAAUACCAGACGCCCGAGUAUCUCCGUACGAUGCCGCACUUGCGGCCGAGAACUCCGGUCAACGCCGUCCUAUUGAGGCUGCGCUCCGAAGCCAUCGCGUCUUUGACUCAGUUUUUUGCAGGGCGGUCCUUCACUCAAACGCACCCGCCCAUCAUCACGUCCUCCGACUGCGAAGGCGCCGGAGAGGUUUUCACCAUAAUGCCCGCCAACGACGCGCCCACCCCAACGGACCAGGAUGGCCAAGACUCGUUCUUUCGCUCCCGAAAGUAUCUUACUGUGUCGGCCCAGCUCCAUCUCGAGGCCUUGGCGCAAGCAGUUGGCAAUGUCUGGGCGCUCUCCCCUGUGUUCCGCGCCGAGAAGAGCGACACCUCGAGGCACUUGAGCGAGUUUUACAUGCUCGAAGCUGAAAUGAGCUUCGUGGACGACCUCGGGCCCGUCAUGGAUCUUGCCGAGGAUAUGCUACGGUCGCUAAGCACCAAUCUUAUCGAGUCGGCCACGGUCCAGGAUUUGUUUUACCGAUCGCCUCACAGCGGCUCCCAUCUGGCGCCGGCAGACGAGGUUAGGCGCCGCUGGGAGGGCCUGAUGCGUCAGGACUGGCCGCGAAUUACAUACACGGACGCUGUCGCACUACUACGGCAGAAAGCCGACCUCUUUACACAUAAGCCGACAUGGGGUGCAGGACUGCAGUCUGAACAUGAAAAGUACCUUGCUGAAUACGUCGGGGGCGGUGAAAAACCGGUGUUCGUCACCCAUUAUCCCCGAGACAUCAAGGCCUUUUACAUGCGCGAAACGCAGACGGCAGGUUCUGAUGGAGCCGGCGCCGUUGUCGACUGCUUUGACCUGCUGGUGCCGGAGUUCUGCGAGAUUGCGGGCGGGUCGAUGCGCGAACACCGCGUGGAACCCCUCUUGAGCGCCAUGAAGCGGCAGGGAAUUCUGAAGCCCCCAUCAGAGGGCGCCGCUGACGAGCAGACUGGGGGCACUCUAGACUGGUAUGUCGACCUUCGCCGCUGGGGCUGCCCGCCACAUGGCGGUUUUGGAAUAGGCUUCGACCGGCUGCUCAGCUACCUCGCUGGUGUCCAAACCAUCCGAGACAUUGUUUCUUUCCCACGCUGGUAUGGACGUUGCGACUGUUGAAUAGAAACAGCCAUGUACAAGAUCUCAAUCCAACUUGUCCGGUUCCCGUGCUCCCACUUAUUAUGCCGUCCCCGUCGAACUUGGUCCGCUUUGGAUCUGAUCUGCCUUGGCCAGUGUGCCC